AUGCCAGCGGUAUGGUCGGUCCCAGAGGCCCUUGUGGCAGCGGAGUUGGCCACGGCUUUCCCAUCGAAUGCUGGUUAUGUAACCUGGGUCACAGCCGCCUUCGGGCCAUUUUGGGGAUUCCUCGAAGGUUUCUUGUCAUGGGUGGCCGGUGUGAGUGACAACUCAAUUUAUCCGGUACUGUUCUGCGAUUACCUGCAACACAUACUUCCGGCGACGGCCGACGGGACUCCACGAAUAUUAUGUGCACUCGCAUUCGCGUUGGCUUUGUCUUGGCUGAACUACGCUGGCUUGAACAUCAUGGGCUGGUCAGCCGUGGGUUUGGCGAUAUUCACCAUUCUGCCGUUUCUGUACAUAGUUCCAGCUGGUUUGCCUGAGGUGGAACUGGCGAACUUCUUGGUUGUGCCAAGACUUCAGGAGAUGGAUUGGCAAAAAUACUUGAAUGUUCUUUUCUGGAAUUUGAAUUAUUGGGACAGUGCAUCAACACUUGCCGGUGAAGUCCGUGAUCCGCGGCGGGUUUUUCCACAGGCCCUUUGCUUGGCUAUGAUGUUCGUGAUCGCCUCGUAUGUCUUCCCACUCUUCGUUGGUGUGGGUCGCUUGCUUGCUCUGGCAGUUGACCCAAAACAUCAGGAUUGUGUAGCCAAGUGCAGUGCUGCAUUGAAGAGUCUGACACAAGAUGAGCAGAAAAAGUGUCACAAAAUAAGCCAUGUCUGCUCUGCGACAGUCUUAGGAGUACUGAUUUAG